AUGGUUUAUGAUAGAAUCCUUAUUGGCGAUAGGGUGCUGGAUUAUGUUUUGGCUGUGAAGGACCAAGCGGGUACUUAUGCUGGUGUUGUGUACGCACCCUUCGGACCUGAAGCAGAGCUCGAACGUGAUUUCCAUGAUCUAGUACUUGGUACUAGAGAUGGUGAUGUAAAUUCCAAAUACAGGAUUCUGUUGGGCAUGUGA